UGACACAAAGCGUCACUGGCACUGGCAGGAGGAGGUUGGCGCCCUCAGUUUGAGAUUCAAAUGCCAGUUGUCCUUAUAGUUUAAUAAUCUGCUAUAACAUCUCAGUAAUACAGAUAAUUUAUCUGUUUCGAAGCUGAAAACACAACAACUGCUGUCAGAGGAUGCACGUCAUUAAGCGAGAUGGACGUGAGGAGGCGAUAACUUUUGAUAAAAUCACUUCUCGCAUUCAGAAGCUUUGCUAUGGGCUCAACUCUGAAUUUGUGGACCCUGCUCAGAUUACGAUGAAGGUGGUCCAGGGUCUGUACAGUGGAGUCACCACUGUGGAGCUGGACACUCUGGCAGCUGAGAUGGCCGCCACCCUCACCACCAAACACCCUGACUACGCACUGCUGGCUGCACGCAUUGUAGUGUCCAGCCUGCACAAAGAGACCAAGAAAGUGUUCAGUGAUGUGAUGGAGGACCUGUACAACUACGUGAACCCGUUAAAUAAACGCCACUCUCCUAUGAUCUCCAAGGAGACGCUCGACCUUGUACUUGAAAAUAAGGGAGUAAGUCACAUGUAUUUGUUGAGGAUUAACGGCAAAGUUGCUGAGAGGCCCCAGCACAUGCUAAUGAGAGUGGCUGUCGGGAUUCAUAAAGGAGACGUGGAUGCAGCUAUUGAAACCUACAACCUGCUGUCAGAGAAGUGGUUCACGCAUGUCCCGACUCUCUUUAAUGCCGGCACCACCCGGCCACAGCUGUCCAGUUGUUUCUUGCUGACCAUGAAGGAUGACAGCAUUGAAGGUAUUUACGACACUCUGAAGCAGUGUGCCCUCAUCUCCAAAUCAGCUGGAGGCAUUGGACUGGCAGUGAGCUGCAUCAGAGCCACAGGCAGCUAUAUCGCUGGGACUAAUGGCAAUUCCAAUGGGCUGGUUCCGAUGCUUCGGGUCUACAACAACACAGCACGUUAUGUAGACCAGGGAGGCAACAAGAGACCCGGGGCCUUCGCUGUGUACCUGGAGCCGUGGCAUUUCGAUGUGUUCGACUUCUUAGAGAUGAAGAAGAACACGGGCAAAGAGGAGCAGAGGGCCAGAGACUUGUUCUUCGCCAUGUGGAUCCCAGACCUGUUCAUGAAGCGAGUGGAAGCCAAUCAGGACUGGUCUCUGAUGUGUCCCGGUGAAUCCCCCGGGCUAGAGGAGUGCUGGGGAGAGGAGUUUGAGGAGCUUUACACUCGCUAUGAGAAGGAGGGCCGGGCUAAGCGUGUGGUGAAGGCUCAACAGGUUUGGCACGCCAUCAUCGAGUCUCAGACAGAAACCGGGACACCAUACAUGCUCUACAAGGACGCCUGCAACCGGAAGAGCAACCAGCAGAAUCUGGGCACCAUCAAAUCCAGCAACCUGUGCACGGAGAUCCUGGAGUAGACGAGCAAAGAUGAGGUUGCAGUGUGUAACCUGGCAUCUAUUGCCCUCAACAUGUACGUGACCCCAGAAAAGAGCUUUGACUUCAAAAAGCUUUCUUCUGUCACCAAAGUCAUUGUGAAGAACCUGAACAAGAUUAUUGACAUCAACUACUACCCAGUGAUUGAGGCGGAGAGGUCUAACAAGCGCCACAGACCAAUUGGAAUCGGUGUGCAGGGUCUGGCUGAUGCCUUCAUCCUGAUGCGUUAUCCCUUUGAAAGCCCCGAGGCCCAGCUGCUCAACAUCCACAUCUUUGAGACCAUCUACCACGCCGCCCUGGAGGCCAGCUGUGAGCUGGCAGCGGAGCUCGGCCCCUAUGAAACCUACGCCGGAUCUCCUGUCAGCAAGGGGAUCCUUCAGUAUGACAUGUGGGAUAAAACACCAACAGAUCUCUGUGACUGGGGAGCAUUGAAGGCCAACAUUGCCAAGCACGGGGUGAGGAACAGUCUGCUCAUGGCUCCCAUGCCCACAGCCUCCACCGCCCAGAUCCUCAGCAACAACGAGUCUAUUGAGGCGUACACCAGCAACAUCUACACCCGCAGGGUUCUCUCCGGAGAGUUCCAGAUUGUGAACCCUCACCUGCUGAAGGACCUCACAGAGAGAGGACUGUGGAGCGACGAGAUGAAGAACCAGCUGAUUGGUCAGAACGGUUCCAUCCAGGGUAUUGAAGAGAUCCCUGCUGAUCUGAAGCAGCUGUAUAAAACUGUGUGGGAAAUCUCCCAGAAGACAGUCAUCAAGAUGGCAGCAGAUCGUGGGGCUUACAUCGAUCAGAGCCAGUCGCUAAACAUCCAUAUCGCCGAGCCAAACUACGGCAAACUGACCAGCAUGCGCUUCUACGGAUGGCAGUUGGGUCUGAAAACCGGCAUGUACUACCUGCGGACGAAGCCUGCCGCCAACCCCAUCCAGUUCACCCUGAACAAGGAGAAGCUGAGGGAGGCCCAGGCGAGCGAGGAAGAGGAGGUCAAAGAGAAAAACAUGGCUGCCAUGGUGUGCUCCUUAGAGAACAAAGAUGACUGUCUGAUGUGUGGCUCCUGAAAACACACUUCCCCUUAUCCACUGUUAAA